GCGGAAGUUAAACAAAAAAUGGCCUCUGCAGCAUGUGUGGGUACUGCUGGAAGAUGGUUGUGUUCUCGUAUUUAAGACUAAUAUUUCAGCAACCAUGUCUUCAGUUCAGCAUCUCAGAGAGUUUAUCAGAGAGCGACUAACUGCUGCUGCUCAAGAAAUCUUCACAGAGGUUGAAAAAACCAUCAUUUGCUACGAGGAAGAGCUCGAUGCUCAGCGCAGAAUGAUGGGGAUCAACUGGAAACCAGAAAUUAAGCUACACAGAGUCGGUUCGGAGCUGCAGAGACAAAGUUCUGACCUCCAGAAGCCACGUGUCUCCAGAGAGGAGGAAACCUUUGCCAUCCAACAGGUCUGUCACCAGGGGAGGAAGACCAGUCACGACGAGGAGGAAGUAGGACAUCAGUUGACUGAAAAAGAACAGAUGGAACCAGAGCCUCCAGUGAAAGAAGGGGGAAAAAACCCAGAACCUACAUGGAUUAAAGAAGAGAAAGAUGAACCAGAACCACCACUGAUCAAAGAAAAGGAGGAAAUGGAUACUUCAGCACUUACCAAUGAAAAACCAGAACUAGAAUACUUACCAACUAGACAUAACCAGAAAGACCUCUGUAGCAGUCAGGAGGGAGAGCAGCUUGUCCAGAAGCAGAUUGUUGCUUUGAUUGAGACUUCUACUCUUGAGGCAGUUGGCUUGAGUGAAGAAGAAAAAAGAACUCAGCAGCUUUCCCUUCAUAUGUCUCGUGAAAUCGAGAGCAAUGAUCAAGAAGAAAGCAGCUCCACUGUGUCAGAGAGUCAGUCUCAUACUGACACAAAUAAAAGUUCUUUCAAAUGUGAUAUUUGUGGGAGAUGUCUUAAAAAUCAGUGCAACCUGGUAAAGCAUUACAGAACCCACAAAGGUGAGAGGCGUUUUUCUUGUGAAACAUGUGGAAAAUUGUUCUUAAAGAGAGCGACUUUGAAUGUUCACAUGAGAACACACACGGGUGAGAGACCUUUUUCAUGUGAAACAUGCGGUAAAUGCUUCUCUCAAAUUGGUCAUUUAAAUGUGCACAAAAAACUUCAUACUGGUGAAAAACCCUUUACAUGCAAAACAUGUGGGAAAAGUUUUUCUCUAAAUUGUAAUUUAAAUCUACACAAAAAAUAUCAUACAGGUGAGAGGUGUUUUUCAUGUCAAACGUGUGGAAAAAGUUUCUCUAUAAUUCAACAUUUGAAUGCACACCAGAGAACCCAUACAGGUGAGAAACCUUUUUUAUGCCAAUUAUGCGGGAAAAGUUUCUCUCAUGUUGUUAAUUUAAAUUUCCACAAGAAAAUACACACAGGUGAGAAGUUUUUCUCAUGUCAAAAAUGUGGAAAAAGUUUCUCUCUAAUUCACUAUUUAAAUGUGCAUCAGAGAACACACUCAGGUGAGAAACCUUUUUUAUGCAAAUUAUGCGGAAAAAGUUUCUCUCAAAUUAGUCAUUUGAAUCUCCACAUGAAAACUCACACAGGUGAAAAGCCUUUUCCUUGUGAAACAUGUGGAAAAUGUUUUGUAAAUGUUUCAAAUUUGAAUGUUCAUAGAAGAACUCACACAGGCGAGAGGCCUUUUCCUUGUCAAACAUGUGGAAAAAGUUUCUCUCACAUUAGUAAUUUAAAUCUCCACAAGAAAACUCAUACAGAUGAGAAGCCUUUUUCAUGUGAAAUAUGUGGAAAGGUUUUCCUUAAUGCUGGAAAACUAAAUCGCCACAAAAAACAAACGCACAAGUGUGGGAAGUAGUUAUUUCACUCAGAUUUACUAAUAUUUAAACUUUUUUGUUGUUUUUUCAAAAUACAUUAGAAAAGGAAAAAUUACUAAUUCUGUUUCAGCAUGCUUUGGAAUGAAGGUGCGAUGUUGGGUUUAGCAGACAUUUUGUACCAGAUCUUAGGAAACUUUGCUGUGCGUGAUUAUCAGCAGUUUGGAUUUAUUUUGGAGCUCGUUUGGACUCUUAUUCAUGGAUUUUUUUUUUAGAGAGCAUAUAAAAUGUUCUACAGAAAAUGCUCGUAAGGAAGCUUAAAUAGAUUUAAAACUAAAUAUAUCUUAGAUUUAGUUUUAAAAUCUAAAAUUGGCAUUUUGCCAAAAAUUGCAAAAAUCCCAUUUUGUCAAAAAUGGGUGUUUUAGGAUUUGCAAAACGGCCAAUCCAGAAACACAAUUUAUUUUUCUUUCUACUGAUAUGUUGUACCCCCAGUAAUUAAGGUUAGGAAAAACUUUUGAUGUUCGCUUUUGUGGUUGUUCUGAGACUGUUUAUCGGAGCAACCAAGAAACGGUGUCUGUUGUUCCGGGACUGUUACUAC